AUGAUCCCUCCAACUGUCACUACCCUGAACAAAACAAAAGGUCUUCCAAUUGGGUUCAUCACCAGACUAGAAGCACGCCUGGCUGAAACGGAAGAAGCUCUUUUCCGUCUAGUCCAAUCUGUCGAGGAACCCGAGAACAGUCAUGUUUCACUUGAACCGUCUUCUCAACGAAAAGAUGACCGUAUCAAAGAAUGGGACAGACUUCCACUGAAGACACCUGAACAAGUCAAAUCAUGGUACAGAAACAAGUCUGGGAAAAGUGACUCUCCAGUGGUGCAUGACGUCUCGAUGGACUUGGAUCAACUGGGAUCAUGUUCCCAUAUAACAGAAUCCGACGCAGAUCAACUUGGACUUCCUGAUGAUAACCAGAGUAACUCUGGAGCAGAUAUGGUGUUACUUGACGCAGAAGUCCAAGUUGACCCAAGAAGUGAAAUUCAUACUUCAGAGAUGUCUGUUGGAAGCAAGGCCAAGGACAUGGAACAAAAGAAUCCGCAUUUGUAUUUUUAG